CGAUCUGGGGGCCGCCGCCGCCCCCGCGCUGAGAGGCGGGCGGGGGCGACUACGGGAGCCGGCGCGGCCCAGCAGCGGCGGCGGCGGCGUUUCCCGGCGUGCCCCGCGGCGGAUUGUACACAAUCAUCAUGGCUGCCGCCGCCGCCGCCGCCGAUGGUGCCGAGGAGCCGGGCAUGGAGGCGGAGGCGCAGGAGCUGCCGCUGGGCUGCGGCGGAGCGGGCGGCUCGCCGGCGGCGGGCAGGUCUCCGGAGGGCGAGGAGCGCCGGGAGCCUCCGCCGGCGGCUGUCAGCAACGGCGGCGACGAGGACAGCGGCAGAGAGCUGGUGGAGCUGAAGGUGAUCUGGAACAAGAACAAGUACGACGUGAAGUUCUGCCUGGACAGCACGGGAGCCGAGCUGAAGCAGAAGAUCCACUCGCUCACAGGCCUCCCGCCGGCCAUGCAGAAAGUCAUGUUCAAGGGACUUCUGCCAGAGGAGAAAACCCUGCGGGAAAUCAAAGUAACGAACGGAGCGAAAAUCAUGGUUGUGGGCUCUACCAUCAACGAUGUGCUAGCAGUAAAUACACCCAAAGAAGCUGCUCAACAGGAGGUCAAAGCUGAGGAAAACAAAAAGGAGCCGCUUUGCAGACAAAAGCAACACAGAAAAGUGUUGGACAAAGGAAAGCCUGACGAUGUGAUGCCUUCUGUCAGAGGCGUGCAGGAGCGGCUGCCCACGGUGCCGCUGUCCGGCAUGUACAACAAGUCAGGGGGGAAAGUCAGAUUGACCUUCAAACUCGAGCAAGACCAGCUGUGGAUUGGUACAAAAGAGAGAACAGAAAAGUUACCCAUGGGGUCCAUUAAAAAUGUGGUGAGUGAACCUAUUGAAGGCCAUGAGGAUUAUCACAUGAUGGCAUUUCAGCUGGGCCCAACAGAAGCAUCUUACUACUGGGUCUAUUGGGUCCCAACUCAGUAUGUCGAUGCAAUCAAAGACACGGUGCUGGGGAAGUGGCAGUAUUUUUGAAAGCACGCUCACCUCUGGCACAGGAAAAUGACACAAAUCUAAGGACACUGCUGGGAGAGGCCUCCAACAUCCCUGGAUGUGACAGUCCUGGAACUUAUUAUU